GCGAUCCCCUCGGAGUAACGCGUAUGCCUACGCAGUUUUAUUUUUGCUGUUUAUUAAAAAGUUUUUCCAUUCGGCCGUUCUCAUUUUCUGUCCGAUUGCAUUUAUCAGACGUAUUAAACCUUUUCUUUCCUGUAAGACUUGUCUUUAGUUUUGUUUCUCUGCGAUGUUCGAGCAGACGAUCCGAAAUUUCAAAAUCAAUUUUAUCAGGCACGAUGGACGAAAUAGUUUUUCCAGUGGCGACCAAAUCAUAGGACACAUCUCUUUUGAUCUGACAAAGGAAACAAAGAUCACUUCAAUAACAAUGAGGCUGAAGGGAAACGCGAAUGUGCACUGGACCGCCGGAGGAGGUGGAGGAACGAGGAAACAUUACUCUGCAAGGCUGGACUUCUUCGACUUAAAAGGAGUUAUUUUGCAAGAAGACAGGGGUAUGCUGUUACUGGUGCUGUUUGGACGCAGUGAUACAUGGCAAACAAACAGUCACUGUCUUUGUCCUUUUAUUAUAGCUACUCGUGGGACAAAACUUCAACUCGGGACGCAUGUGUAUCCGUUCACAUGUCCGCUCCCACUAGGAAACUUCCCAUCGUCCUUUCAUGGGGUUCACGGAAAAAUAGUGUAUACCUUGACAGUGGGCAUUAAUAGACCGUGGCAUAUGUCCAAGGACUUUGUGACAGAGCUUAACUUUGUAAACCACACUGAUACCAACCAGCCAGGGUUGAAUGCGCCACUCUCAGGUUCAAACAGCGUGACACCGUGUAGCUUGUGGUGUAACUCCAGUCCCGUCACUCUGACAGUCAGUGUAGCGAAGAAAGCUUUCACCCCUGGCGAAACAGUGAAAAUAUUUUGUGAAUUUAGUAACCCUUCAUCUAAAACAGCUACUCCGAAGGUGAAGCUGCAACAGAAACAGACUUUCUACACCCACAGUAAGCGCAACAGGAAGAUGGCUAUCAAAAAUUUGGCGUAUGUGUCAGGGGAACCUGUUGGUGCUCAGGUUUCUUAUGUAGGCACUGAGAUCAUGCUCGCUAUUCCCUCGUCUGCAUCUUUAACCAUCUCAGAGUGCAGCAUCCUGGUUGUUGAUUACAUUAUUGAGGUUAAACUCCACGUAGGAGCAUUGGAUGAGGUCGUUGUGCUGUUUCCAAUCAUCCUGUGUGAUACCCCCGUGCAAAGUUAUCCCCCAGUAUGAUUCAACACAAGGUGUUUUUGGGGAUCCACAUGGAGCAUAUCGCCACUGCUCUUCCUACAUGUGUUACUGUUCAUAUGCCAUUCAUAUGUUGAUGACAUGCAGUUAUAGAUGUUAAUUUCCUCUGAUGACCUCGAUGCAUCUUUCAUUUUAUCGUAACCAUUUUUGUUUUUUACCUGUUUACCUUUUUUACUUUAAAUUACUUAGAUACUGUUUGUGCUAGAGACAAAUUGUAAACAGUUUACAGUUUCUUUUAGUCUGCUUCACAGCUUACUGAUAUCUGGUGUAUCAUUGAAGCACAAAGCAUUCACAAGCUACUGCUGUCUGAACACAGAUAGAAAAAUCAGCUCUGCCUAGAUUUUAUCGUGCGCUGAUGAUACUUGUUUGAUGAAUUGGUUAAUGAAGAUGAUACAGCCUAUCACCAUUUUUAGUAGGCAUAAAUAAUUAAAAUCUUUUCCCAAAUAUGACUGGUUAUACUAAUUAUGUGUUACCUUAACUUUAUAUUUUCAUGUUGAUUAUACCAUUUGUAGCUUGUGUGUGUGUAUAUAUAUAAAGUUAUAGAACUUAAAAGAUUUAAUGGUUUACUUAUUAUUUACUUGUUUGUAUUACCAACAGAGUCAUUAUAAAGCUCUGAAGGCUGCUUUAGAGUCCUUCAUGUGUUUCUGCAAGUGAAACAAAUAAAAAGCUUUAAUUUGGACAGAAUUCAGCAGAAUUAACAUAAUAAUUUUAAUAUUUAUUAUUAUUUUUGUUGCUAUUAUUAUUUUUAUCAAAGCCAUUAGGAGUCACCGGAGCUGGGCGAAGGAGGCUGCUUAGCUGUAGGUUCAAGACUCCUGACAUGCAUCCAAAAUGGGGAAUUUAUAUCUUAUACAGAGUCUCAGGAAGUGGUUGAUGCAUUCAUCUGAGUUUGGAUAUUAAAAACUAGUACAGUGACUUUAUGUUAUUAUCAGAGCCAGAGUUUGCACAAACACAGAACAUUUGAAUAUCUGGUGACUACAAUGGCAUCCAGUAGAUUGAAGUAAUACACUCAAAAUCCUUUUAAUAGUCAAUAGAGCACCUUUAUGCUUGUCUUCCUAGUAUGGCGAUGACUUACUCAUUUAUUAAAUCCCGCUAAGGCCUCUAAGGUCAUCAGGCAGAGGUCUUGUAACAACACUCAGAAUAAGAUCCAAAUCUGGCGCGGGUGGUUUCAGUACUCGCUCUUACAGAACUUCAAAUAUAUUCCCACACCUGUGUCAGAAGACUGUAUAUUUGUAUGCUUUUAUGUGUGUGUAUGUGUGUUUACUGAUGCUUCUUGUACAGUUUAUUACAUAUGUGUUAUGUGUUUUGAGUGUUAUGUUUGAUGUACAUCAGGUUUAUGCUUUAUAAUCUCAAAUUCCACUUUUUUUUAAAUCAUGCCUACAGCCGUCUGUUACCAAUUUUCACAUGUUAUUGUGAAUGUAUUUGUAUAAGGUGUGCUGUACUGCAAAGCUGCCAUGGUGCGCAUUGGGUGCGCAUGAGUUACAGCGUGUAUCACUGCAUUCGGGUGAAGGUCAAUAAGUGUUGGCGUAAGUUUAAUAAAAUCCUUGACCUUUCCAUCUCUGAGAAAAUAUGUGAUGGCUGUCAGAAGUUUAAUAAAUCAUACUAUGGAGUUUCUAACACUAAAUUUUAAUGGAGAGAGCCAGUAUAAACUGCAAGACUGGAGGAGAAUAGCCAGGUAAAGGAUGUUAAAACUGGAAAGUCUUAGAAUUGGAAAUCUUUCUUUCUAUCUACAUGAUGUAAAUAGUCUGUGGCGAAGUUUUUCAUCAUAGUGACUGAAGAAAAAGGAGACUUGUGUAACAGUGUCUUAGUCCAGUUUCAAACAAAUGAUCAAAUUUAUAAAUUUAUAUGUACAUAUUCACAAAAUAUUCUGGCAUGCUGCAUGUUAUAUUGUCAUCAUUUGCAUUUCAACUGUUUAUAAAAAUAAA